AGUAGUAAGUAACUAGUAAGUACCUUUCAAAUUCCCAAGGAUGAUGAUGCAACCUAUUUCAUUCCAUACUACCAUUCAUAUAUUUUUCUUCCUUCUUCUACUUCUAGUGAUACUGAUGAUGGGGGUUUCUUCUUUCUAUGAUGGACCCCUAUAUGACUUUACUGCUUACACUCAGGUGUGCAAAGAGCAUCCAGAGAAGCCACUUUACGGAGGAGGAGUUUUCAAUAUCAAGGACAAGGGUAAUGCUGUUAACAACACCAACAUCAACAUGCCUUCUUCACUUGUCCUCUAUAAUCUUACUUACGACACUAUCUAUUCUUUUUCUGUAUGGGUGAAGGUUGAAUAUUCAGAUUCAGUUAUGAUAAAGGCAAAGCUAGAAACAGAAAAUGAGACAUAUAACUGUAUUGGGACAGUUUUGGCCAAACGUGGAUGUUGGUCAUUUCUCAAAGGUGGAUUUCUUCUCAAUUCUCCUUCAAAUUCAUCUACCAUCUUCUUUCAUAACUCAGAUGGAAAAGAUGUGGAUAUAGAUAUAGCAAGUCAAUCAUUGCAGCCAUUUACUCAGCACCAAUGGAGAAUCAACCAACAAUAUAUCAUCAACACUAAAAGAAAGCGUGCCGUCACCGUUCAUGUAUCAGACCCUAAUGGAAGGAAAUUACAAGGAGCUUCUGUGUUUGUAGAGCAAAUAUCAAAAGACUUUCCUAUUGGCUCUGCGAUAGCAAAGACCAUUCUUGGCAACAUACCAUAUCAGAAUUGGUUUUUGAAACGGUUCAAUGCUGCAGUGUUUGAAAACGAGCUUAAAUGGUAUGCCACAGAGCCUCAUGAAGGCAGCGUCAACUACACAAUUUCAGACCAAAUGAUGCAAUUUGUUAGAGCCAACAAAAUCAUAGCUAGAGGGCACAAUAUAUUCUGGGAAGACCCUAAAUACAAUCCUGCAUGGGUUCUUAACCUUACAGGUACACAGUUAAGAUCUGCUGUGAAUUCACGAAUUCAAAGUCUCAUGAACCAAUACAAAACAGAAUUCAUACAUUGGGAUAUCAGUAACGAAAUGCUUCAUUUUGAUUUCUACGAACAAAGGCUUGGACCCAAUGCUACAUUUCAUUUCUUUGAGGCAGCACAUGAAUCAGAUCCUCUAGCAACUCUGUUUAUGAAUGACUUCAAUGUUGUAGAAACGUGCAGUGAUGUAAAUUCUAGCGUUGACGCUUAUAUCUCGCGAAUAAGAGAACUAAGACAAUAUGGUGUUUUUAUGGAUGGAAUUGGUCUCGAGGGUCACUUCACAAUACCAAAUCUUCCACUUAUAAGAGCUAUCCUAGACAAAUUGGCAACACUAGAUCUUCCCGUUUGGCUUACUGAGAUUGAUAUAAGCAACACACUUGAUCAUGAUACUCAGGCAAUUUAUUUGGAACAGGUAUUGAGGGAAGGAUUCUCACACCCUUCAGUGAAUGGGAUAAUGCUUUGGACAGCACUUCAUCCAUAUGGGUGCUACCAAAUGUGCCUCACAGACAAUGAUUUCAACAACUUACCAUCAGGUGAUGUGGUGGAUAAACUUCUUCAAGAGUGGCAAACUAGUUCUGUACAAGGUAUCACAGAUGAGCAUGGUUCACAUAGCUUUUAUGGAUUCUUAGGAGAAUAUAGAAUUAGGGUCGAGUAUCGCAACAAGACUAUAAAUUCAACUUUCUCUCUAUGUAGAGGUGAAGAAACUAAACAUGUCCCUGUGACACUGUGACUUAAUUUUUAUUUAUGAACCUCCUUAACUUCACUAGAACCUUUCUUUGUAAACCCUACCAGUCCGAGUUCUCAGGGAGAAUUGUAACCACUCUGAUUGGAUUUACAUGAGCAGUUAAAUAAAGGUAAAUCAUUCAAAUGAACAAAGAGUUUAAUUUUUUUGUA